AUCAGAAGAGUUGCGUGCUUUAGAAGAAAAAUUAAUGUAUCCAAAUGAUAAGAGUGAGUACUGUCAUAUGGAACUACAAAUUCCAGAGUUUGAUGCUAAGAAUUUCAAAGAUGAGAUAAUAAGAAGAUUGGAAGAUGAAAUGGAGGUGCAAAGGUUUGUUAUGAGACAAAAGAUCGAAGAGAUGCAAAGGCAGUGGCUAGUAGUUCAAGAAGAGUGUGAUUAUCUUAAAAUUGAAAAUCUUAAACUCGUUGAAGAAUGUAGUAUGCUGCAGAAAGAAAAUGAUGACAUUAGGAAAGAAACAAUGGAGUUAAACGUUUGGUGUACAGUCUUAGAAGUAGAAUUGAGAGAAUCAGAAAACCUCCACAGAGAGAACCAGCUUUUGGAAGAAGAAAUUUUGGCUCAAUUGCAGAAAAAGGUACUCCUUCAGGAUGAAAUUUUGACUCUCAAGGAAACAAUGAGCGAAAUCAAAUUCGAAAAUGAAAUAAUGGAAACUUCUCUUGUGAUUCUAUCAAGAGACUAUGAAGAACUCGAGGAUGAAACGAUGUUAUUCGUUCAGAAAAUCAUUAGUAGUUGCAGGUGUGAUAAAGUUUCCCUUGCAGAUGCCUUGGGAACUCGGGAAACUUCGCUGGAAAAUGAGCAAUCCUGCAUACAGGUCGAUGAUGAUCGGAACUGCAAUAAGGAAAGUCUAUUUAUGGGAGUUGAGCUUGCAGAAGUUUUAGAGGUAGAUGACUUGUACAAGGCUCAGCUAAAGAGUUUUCUGUCGAGCGAUGUAAGCACUCAUAUAGAUGUUCCUGCGAAUUCGACAGGUGAAAGCACCGGAACAAAUGACAGAUACGAAUGCAAGGCUCCGAUACUUGAGAUCGAGAUGAGUGCAAUGUAUCAAAUAUGCUGAGGUAGAAGCUGCCGAUCCAAAGGGACUUGCCGUGUAGCUUAAAUGCUGGCAGUUACUCUUAGUGACAUUCAACGUUGCCUACUCCGGGGGCCUGCCGGUGUAGAUUUGUACGGUUUAAGGGAGGAGUAAGUGUGAUAUAAAGUGUAACAAUGGC